UCUGACGCAGAGUUGAUACCAGCUGACCUCGCGACCCGAGCUGAACCCUUCAGAGGAACAGAGGUAUGAAGACAGACCCCUGCCUGACUCUGAGCAUGAGCUCGCUACAAAGGGGAAGAGCACGCCAGUGCAGCGUUUCAUUCAGUGAUUAUAUCGCAGCAGAACUUUCUCCUGGCAUGCAGCUGCCGCGGGUGAUUUAAAGUGAACCAUUCAGCGUUUUACUGAAAGGGGGAGCUAAAGAUCUUCAAGACGGCAACAAAGAGAGUUUUUUUGAGUGCCAACAUUUUAGACGACCUGUGAGCUUGUCUUGUGAUUUCAAACAUACAAUAAGCCCCAGACUCAAAGCAUAAAGGAUUAAAGUGUCACGCUGGCAGAACAGAGAGUGGUGUACCCUCAAGAAAUAACUGAGCCAGUCAGUCAGGAUGGAACUAUGUCUUUCACAGAAGAAACAGUGUCCAUAUUAACGUCCAGCUGUAUGCUAGCCCGCUCUUUUCUUAUCCAUCCCAGAGGUCUGAAAGACCAAGAAAGCUCUGAGACUGACAGCCGUAUCACUCUACGUGGCAAACGUGAGUGUAUCCCUGCCGAGAAAAAAGACCAAGGUUAUUGGGACAAGCGCAAAAAGAACAACGAAGCUGCCAGGCGUUCGCGUGAGAAACGCCGCAUCAAUGACAAGGUGGUAGAAAGCAACGUUCUGGCUCUUCUUGAAGACAACGCCCGUCUGAAAGCUGAGCUACUGGCACUUAAGUUCAAAUUCGGUUUGAUCAAAGAUCCCACAGAUUCACCAGCACAGAUCUGCUCCUUUGGUCCACAUAACCAAACAUCUCCAGCAAUACCCUACAACUGCCCCAGUACAAACUUACAACCUACUUUUGUUCACGCAUUAUCAAUCCCACAGCAUGGUGGUCCAGAUGGGGCGCAAAACUUUGGGUUCUUCAUGCCUGGAGGGUCAAGCAUUGGGAGCCCAGAGCUUUUAGAUGAUGCUGGAGGUGAACAUAUCCGUAAAUUCCCUGGAGAACAGCCAAGCGGUAUUACAGCAGUGGAUACAAAUUCAUUAGGAUGGCAAGCGAACAAUAUGAAAGGUCUUCCUCAUAAACUACGUUUCAAGACUCCAUGUGGAAUUGAAGGUGCUGAUGCUGAAGUCCUUCUUCCAGUAGAGAAUACGUCACAGUCUCAGUCUACAGAGGCUUUAUGGAGGUUACAAACACACACAAUGCCAUCAGCUUGUUCAACAGCACUUCAGAAUAACCCUUCAAUUCACAGGCAUAUAGAAAGUCACAGUGCUAUUAGAUUCCAGAUCAGCGCUUUGACUGAAGAAGUGGCCCAGCUCAAAAAACUGUUGUCUGAACAUCAGCUCUCCAAAGUGAACUGAAAUCAUCCGUCCAACCUGUCUUCUGGCCUAUCCAAAGAAAGAGCCCAUUUUUCUGAUUGUAACAGACAAAUAGAAGAAGCCAGCUGGUUGUUCACUGGAACAGCUGGCAAUUUAAGUGAUUUUUAAUUUAUGUGAAUGUUUCAUAUGUCUGUUUGCUCCACUAGUAAUGUUCACUGCAUGCUGGAUGAAAUGAAAAAUGUUCUGCUGUCUUCUGUGUCUACUGUUGUGGCGUAUGGUGCUUUGUUGAAGUUAAGCAACACUGAACCUUCCCAAAUGACAAUUAAAUCUAAACCUUUUUUGUGUACUUUUCCUAUUCGGUGCCUGUUAUUUUUUCAUUAAAUCUCUGUUUGGGCUUUUGCUUGGGGAGAGAACUCUUGGUUUUGCCAGUUUGUUUAAAUGCACUUUGAAUUCAAAGUAUUUUCCUUUCUUUUUUUUACAUUAAUUUUACACAUCUGAUACAAAUAUGUGCUCUUGUUUUAUGAAUAAGAGUGGACUUUUUGGUUUUUACCCGGAAAGAAGGGAAGUGAAAUGUUACAUCUCUGAUUUAAGCCAC